CUCACCAUGCCUCUGGCCUGUGUCUCUGUGCUGCUGUUGCUGGCUGCCUGUCAGGCCCAGCCUCUGUCCGAGCCACACACUGGAGAAGAACAGCUCCUAGAGGACGAAGACACUGUGGACAUCAGCACCAGGAUCCUGUCCUCCAACAAUCAGUCAGACACCUUUCUCCUGGAAGGAGAUCUGCUGCCUCCCACACACAGAAACGCCAUGAAGUGCUGGUACAACAGCUGCCUCUGGCCCAAAAGCUCUGAUGGCCUGGUCUACGUUCCCUACAUUGUGAACAGUGAGUACAACAGUUAUGAGACGCGGGCACAUGAAGUGUCUGCAGUGUCUCUGCUCCUGGUGCUCCUGUGGACCAUACUGAAGCUCACCAUGCCUCUGGCCUGUGUCUCUGUGCUGCUGUUGCUGGCUGCCUGUCAGGCCCAGCCUCUGUCCGAGCCACACACUGGAGAAGAACAACUCCCAGAGGACGAAGACACUGUGGACAUCAGCACCAGGAUCCUAUCUGCUGCCUCCCACACACAGGAACGUGGCCAGUACAUUAGGAUCAACUGGGCCAAUAUGAACCCUGCCAUGGCCUACAACUUCUACAGAUCUGACACCAACAACCUGAACAUGCCCUAUGACUACGGCUCCAUCAUGCACUACGGAAGAACAGCCUUCUCCAACAAUGGUCGGGAGACCCUCACUCCCCUCUCCAGCUCCCCAGUCAACAUUGGACAGAGACAGGCUCUGUCCUCCUGGGACAUCAAGAGGAUCAACCUGCUUUACAGCUGCACUGGCUAUUUUUAG